AUGCCCAAGGCUGACGUCCGGGCAAAGCUCGCCGAGCUUCGAGCCCUUCGCCAGUCAGGGAAGAAGGCCUUCGACAACUACCAAGUUGAAGACGCAUCUGCCCUCUACGAUGAGGUUGACGAGGCUGGCUACAAAAAAAUCGUUCGAGAUCGCCUCGACGAAGACGAUUUUGUAGUCGACGACAAUGGCGAGGGUUACGCUGAUGAUGGCCGGGAAGACUGGGAUCGUGUUCGCCGCUACGACUCAGACAGUGAUAUGGACGAUCAACCCGCCCGUGGAAGACCCAGCAAAGCAGCCAAAAAGAACAAGGACGACAACCAAGCCAAGCGUGAUGCUAAUGACCGCAACAUCAGCGAAUACUUCACCAAAGGCGCUGGAAAAGCACAGCCCAAGCCCAAGGUUGUCUCGACCAAAGCCGAUGAGGACUUCCUCGCCAACCUCCUAGGAGAGGUCGACACUAAUAUUCCUGCUGCACCUGCUCCUCGGUCAGCAAAACUCGAACGAUCUGGAGACCGCCGAAAAUCCAGAGCGCUCUCGCCAGUUGCCGAGCCCUUGCAAAAGAGACAAAAACGCGCAGACUCGCGGUUGCCAUCACCCCCUGCCGCCAAUGUUGAUUCCGACGACGGAUUCAUUCCCAGCGCAGCAGAUGAUGGCGUCUUGGGAACUCAAGAUGGACCCAUGAGUGACCCGGCUCCGUCAUCGCCUGCCGCCAAGAAGGCGGAGAGACGAGCCAAUGUCAAACCUGAAUCAUUGGACGACGAAGACGAGGAUAUGAUGGAAGUUGCACAUGCCGGAGCUGUCAAUUCCGCCAGCGUGAACAUAACUGGAUCCCGGCCAGCUAGGAAAUUGUUGAAACAAGAGCCUUAUCCCUCUCCAGCUAGUUCAUCACCCUUAAAGCCGGUUGCCGAUGCCACUGUCGAUUCUACCUCCUGGAACAACCUGACCGACAAGCUCAAUGUUGUAAAUAGCCCCGCGGAGACUCGAGGCAUUGGAAAAAUUGAUCACAAAGACGCCAUCGAAGCUGACGGCAGCCUAAACUUCUUCUGGACAGACUACACCGAAAUCAAUGGCAGCCUCUGCCUUUUCGGCAAAGUUCUCAAUAAGAAGACCAACGUUUAUGUUAGCUGCUUCCUCAAAAUUGACAACAUCUUGAGGAAACUGUACUUUCUACCACGACAGAGUCGGGUCCGAGGCGGCGAGGAGACUGACGUGACUGUUGAAAUGAUGGACGUUUAUGAAGAAGUUGACGAGAUCAUGACAAAGAUGAAGGUGGACAUGCAUAAGAUCAAAGCCUGCACUCGCAAAUACGCCUUUGAACUACCCGGUGUUCCCAAAGAGGCUCAGUAUAUGAAGCUCUUAUACCCUUAUACCAAACCCCAAGUUGAGGCCACCACUGGAGAGACAUACUCUCACGUUUUCGGAGCCAACACGACCCUGUUUGAGCAAUUCGUUCUUUGGAAGAACAUUAUGGGUCCUUGCUGGCUAAAAAUCCAGGAUGCCGACUUUGGUGCCAUAAAAAACGCCUCACAUUGUAAACUUGAAGUUUUGGCUGAGCACCCCAAUAUGGUGUCGACCAUCAGCGAGUCUGACAAUCUCGAUGCACCUCCACUGACACUCAUGAGUGUUUCUUUAAGAACUGCAUUCAACGCGAAGGAGAACAAACAAGAGAUUCUGGCCAUUAGUGCAAGAAUAUAUGACAAAGUCUCACUCAGUGACACUACCCCGGCAGAAAAGCUGCCCUGCAGAACAUUCACCGUCAUUCGCCCACACGGACAAGGCUUUCCCCUUGGGUUUGAUCAACUAGUCAGGCAGCGACAGAGGGGUCUCAUCGUCUUGAAGAAGCAGGAGGCGGACAUUUUGGCCUUCUUUUUAGCCCAGAUUGAUGUGGCAGACCCAGAUGUCAUUCUCGGGCACCAGUUCGAAGGUGUGGACUAUAGCGUACUCCUGAAUCGUCUUCAUGAGAAAAAAAUCCACCAGUGGUCCAGACUUGGCCGUUUCCGACGCACUCAAUGGCCUGCAUCCAUCGGAAAAGUUGGUGGCAAUGUAUUUGCUGAGCGCCAGGUUAUUGCUGGCCGAUUGUUGUGCGAUCUCGCCAACGACGCAGGAAAAUCGGCUAUGUACAAGUGUCAGAACUGGAGCUUGACUGAAAUGUGUAGCUUGUAUCUUUCUGGAGAUAAUCGCCGGCGAGAUGUUGAUAAUGAGGCAGCAUUGAGCAGCUGGGCAAAGGAAAAACAAGGCCUCAUGGACUAUAUUACCCACAUGGAAGCCGACACGCACUUCAUUGCGGCCUUGGCGCUGAGUGUUCAAUUGCUCCCCUUGACGAAAGUCUUGACCAAUCUUGCUGGUAACUCGUGGGCUCGAACCCUGACCGGUACCCGAGCCGAGCGUAAUGAGUACAUUUUGCUCCAUGAGUUCCACCGCAACAAAUAUAUUUGCCCAGACAAGCAGUCGUUCCGUGGCCGCCAAAGAUUGGAAGACGAGAAGCACGAAGAAGAAGGUGGCGAAGGGAAGAAGAAGGAUAAGUACAAGGGUGGUCUGGUCUUUGAGCCCGAGAAGGGUUUGUAUGACAAGUUCGUCCUUGUGAUGGAUUUCAACUCCCUGUACCCAUCCAUUAUCCAAGAGUUCAACAUUUGCUUCACGACAGUGGAUAGAACCGCUUCAACGGAGGACGAGGAUGCUGUUCCAGAAGUGCCUACGGACCAAGACCAGGGUAUUUUACCAAGGCUGAUUGCAACUUUGGUCGGACGCCGUCGCCAGGUGAAAGCACUUAUGAAAGACAAGAAUGCAACCACAGAGCAGCUCGCCACUUGGGACAUCAAGCAGCUUGCCUUGAAGCUCACAGCCAACUCCAUGUAUGGAUGCCUGGGUUAUACCAAGUCCCGAUUCUAUGCCCGACCCCUGGCUGUUCUUACGACCUUCAAGGGUCGUGAGAUUCUUCGAAGCACCAAAGAGCUUGCAGAGAGCAAGUCUCUUCAGGUAAUCUACGGCGAUACCGACUCCGUCAUGAUCAAUGCCAAUGUAGACAGCGUUGCAGAUGCUUUCAGGGUGGGCAACGAGUUCAAGAAAGCCGUCAAUGACCAAUACAGGCUACUUGAGAUUGAUAUUGAUAACGUUUUCCGACGAAUUCUCCUUCAAGCAAAGAAGAAGUACGCAGCUAUCAACCUCAUUGAAAAGGAUGGCAAGUUUGUUGAGAAGAUGGAAGUCAAGGGCCUGGAUAUGAGGCGCCGAGAGUAUUGCGCUCUUUCCAAGGAGAUUUCAAAACAUCUUUUGGACGAAAUUCUUUCAGGCGACGAUGCUGAAGUUGCCAUCGCACGGAUUCACGAGUAUCUUCGUGACAUCGCAUCCAAAAUGAGAGAACAGAGCAUUCCCGUCGCCAAGUACAUCAUCUACACGCAAUUGGGCAAGGGUCCCAAGGAGUACCCCAAUGCCGAUUCUAUGCCACAAGUACAGGUUGCCCUGCGUGACAUAGCAAGAGGGAAAACGGUGCGCAAGGGCGACGUCGUAUCGUACAUUAUUACUGGCGAUGGCAAGAGCUCUGAGCCGGCCCCUAAGCGUGCGUAUGCACCUGCAGACCUCAAGACAGAUUCAACUCUGGUGCCAGAUGUCGAAUGGUACUUGGGAAAACAGAUCUUCCCUCCAGUGGAACGACUUUGCGCAAACAUUAUUGGUACCUCGACAUCACAGUUGGCUGAACAACUCGGCUUGGAUAUCCGGCGGUACAGUUCAAACCAAACGCAGCAGAACAGUUCCAACGAUGACCUAGAGAUUCACCCUCUAGAAUCACAAAUUCCUGAUGAGGUACGGUUUGGUGACUGUACAAGGCUUUCUCUCCGAUGCCGCAAGUGCAAGGCCAGUUCCACCUUUGAAGGCUUGGUUACUACUCCUGAGAGAGUAUCAGCAAACGGUGUGCUCUGCGGUGGCUGUGGCACUGUCAUCCCAACAUUGUCCAUUGUAGCCCAGGUCGAGCACGCCAUUCGCAACCAAACAUCCCGCUACUACGAGGGUUGGCUUGUCUGUGACGACUCCCAGUGCGGCAACCGCACUCGUCAAAUGAGCGUCUACGGUUCUCGUUGCUUGGGCCCGAAGGGACUUGCUCGUGAUUGCCUGGGACGUAUGCGAUACGAGUACACGGAAAGGGCAAUUUACAACCAGCUUGUAUACUUUGCCAGUCUCUGGGACGUAGAAAAGGCCCGCGUCAGGGCCAACGAUGCCAACAGCUCCACUCUCACGAGGCAGGAUCGUGAUACAAUCUUGGCGCUUGCAGAACACAACCGCGUCAGGUUUGGCACGAUCAAGGGCGUCAUUGACAGGUACCUUGAGAAGUGCGGCCGGCAAUGGGUGGCCAUGGACACGCUCUUUGCCAAGCUGGGAUUUAACAAGCUACUUGCCGCGGCAUGA